UUCCAUUGACUCUUACUCAAAAGGAUAUUUUUACAUACAAUGUUCAUAAAUAGAAACGAUUACCUAUUAUUAAUUCGUUUCCUCCCACAAUGUUGUAUUCUAGAGAUUAAUUUCCUUUUUUCACCUACAAUAUUUUUGUGUGUGUAAAUGGAGCUCCGUAAACGGAAAUUACGAGCUCCGUUACACAACAUAUUCGCCGUAACGUUAUUCCUCCUUCAGCUAUGGGCUGCCACGGCCAACAUUAAUUACAGCGAGUCUUCCACGCAAUCUUCUGCUACCUCUCCGUCAGCGACGGGAACUCCGGUUCUGUCGUCAUCACGGUUGUUCACCGGGGGACCAUUGACGUUCAGGUCUAGGUGGAUGAGAAGAAGACGACAUCGUAACAAAGUCAACAGAGCUAGCAGAGAGUUUCUAUUAGCACAUAACCUCGUACGAGCGAGCGUGAUGGAACCGCCGCUCGAAUGGGACGGGAGAUUAGCAGCUUACGCGCGCUCGUGGGCGAACCAACGCGUGGGAGAUUGUAGGCUUGUUCACUCUAACGGUCCCUAUGGAGAAAACAUAUUCUGGGCCGCGCAGAAUACCUGGAGCCCCGCAGAAGUCGUUAAAGUGUGGGCCGAUGAGGAUCAAUUCUAUAACGUGAACGCUAACUCGUGUGAGCCGCAUCACAUGUGUGGGCAUUACACGCAGAUCGUGUGGAAAGAUAGUACCAAGGUUGGGUGCGCAACUGUGGAUUGCUCAAACGGCGGCGUUUACGCCAUUUGUGUGUAUAACCCACCGGGAAAUUACGAAGGUGAAAAUCCAUUCGGAAGCUAUAAAACUCCGAUUGGUCUUCUCAGGGAGGAUCCACCGGCGGUGAUCGGAGGGAUGGCUUGAGAGCGGAGGACAUGGCGGUUGCACAUUUCCAUGUUUUAGUUAUAUUUAAUUCUAUUCUUUUUCCACAACAUUUUUGUUGGAAUAAACUUACUCUACACCUUGUUGGGUUUAUUCUGUGGAACGAUCAUCUAAUAAUAUUAAACAAAGUUCAUAGUUUCGACAUUUCAGAA